AUGGACUAUCAUAUUAAUUUUGUCACUUCAUGGUUGAAAGAUGCAUCCUCACGUACAACUGACAUACUCACUAUUUCGGGUAUAGGCGGGAUCGGAAAAUCAUCUUUAGCUAAACAUGUGUUUAGGCUAUAUUGGCAGGAAUUUCACAAAAGCAGCUAUAUUGAAGAUAUUAGUAGGAUAUGUGUUGGAAAGUUUAAUGGUUUGCUUGAUUUACAAGAACAACUUUGCAAUGACAUUUCAAAAACAAGUUCAAUUAGAGUUCAUGAUGUUUCAGUAUACACCGCGAAGAUAGAGAAUGCAAUAGCCCGUAAAAGAGUGUUUCUAGUUCCUGAUGAUAUCAGUACUCUUGUUCAAUUGGAUGCAUUACCUGGAAGCAAAGGUUUUCAUUCUGGAAGCAAAGUUAUAAUAACAACAAAUGACGGAUGGUUGACAGAGAGUUGUACACUAUUCAAAACAAACACUAAGCCGAAACAUACAAAACUCUUCCUUGAAGGCUUCCAUGAGACUGGAUCACGAAAACUUUUGUGUUCACAUGCAUUCCUGUGUAAGCAUCCCAAGGUAGGUUAUGAAGAGGUGUCAUAUAAGCUUGUGAAGUAUUGUCAAGGACAUCCAUUGGCUCUUGAAGUUUUGGGCAAGUCUGUAUAA